AUGAACAAAUUUAAGAAAUCUCAAGUUCUAGUGCUCUUUGUCCCAGCUCUUCUUCUUGUCUUGACCCCCUUGUUACCUUCCUCUCUAAGGCCUACCUACCUUUACUUCAUCUUUAACGUCCUCAUCAUUGGACUUGGAGCUGAAGCUGGUCUUCUUUCAGCUUUUUCUAAUCCUUUUGAAGACACAAAGCAGCAUGUUUCUGUUACACAGAAACCUAUAAUGCCCCCAGAAGUCAUAACUGGUGGAAGUGCUGUCUCAGAACAUAAUGAAAAGAAGCCUAAGGUUGUUGAAAAGUCUGCAUCUGAGAAGAUUGUUGGUGUCACUAAAGUAGAUAAGUUGAAAAAGUGUCCUUCAACGCCAAGCCUUUUGUUCAUAGGAGGUGGAGAAGUUGAUGGUGAAGUCAUGGACGAGGGACUUGAAGCAGAAGAUGAGAAUGGGGGAGUAAAUGGGCAAGAGCUGUUUGUAAAAGCUGAGGCCUUCAUUGGGAACUUUUACAAGCAGUUAAAGAUGCAGAGAGAGGAAUCUUGGUAUUAUCACAAAGCCUUUUAG